UGAUACAUCCCUACUUUGCUGUAACUUUAACCUCAAAUAUUUAUUAUUUAAUAAAAAGUGUAUUUUAUUUUCAGCUUUUUGCAUUAUUUAAUAGCUACACAUUAUAAACUGUUAAGUAGUAAACAACAUGAAUAUAUCUAGAGUUUUAUCCAAACAACAUCACCAGCUCCGACGAAUUAAACUAUGGACUUAUUUAUUUUCUACGAGUGCCGAAGAGAAAAUCGAAUUACCAAGGAGAAUUCCCAGAGGUCCAACAGAUAUAUUAAGAGCCCUUGAAAGCACAAUUCAAAGAGACCCCACAGCCGCACAUUACAAAUACCACGAUGAUCCGUUUUUGAUUCCCAAGUCGAAUGCUACGAAAAGAACAUAUGCCAUGGCUCGGGAAGCCGGUAAGAAAGCAGCUCACUGGGUUAGAAGUGAAAAUCCAGAGUUGUUUAAUCACAAGGAAUGUGACCCACCGAUUGAAGCAUUUUUUCCUAAAGUUGUGUUCGACGAAAAUAGCGAAGUUACAGAGGAUGAUUUAAAAAGAGUAAUUGAGAAGAAUCAAGUUUCUGAUGCUAUCCUUAUUAACAAGCUUUUAGCAAAGCAAGGUGCAGAAAUAUCAGCAGAUACAAAACAGGGUUUACUAGAGUUAUUGUGUUAUAAUAACGGUGAUGACACAUUAAAUGAGGAAUUUAUUGAAGAGAGAUGGUUCCGUCAAAGUUCUCGUAUAAGAGAAAGGCAAAGAAAAAUCUGGAAGGACGGGCAUGUAGCAGAAGAAAUUUUUAUAAGCAUUGACAAUCCAACUGCAGAAGCAUACUCAGCCAUUAUACAGGGUAUGGCCAAAUAUUUUCAAGUUGACAGAGCCAAUCACUUAUUUGAAGAAGCUCAACAGAAAGGAUUAGUUUUAAAUAUUGAUACGUAUAACUCCUUAAUUAGAGUAGCUAAUUUUUUGAAAGAAGGAUAUGAACUAAGAUGGACAUACGUUAUUAACAUUUUGCAAGCAAUAAACAGCGCCGGAAUCAAACCAAAUUUGGGAACUUUAAAUGCAGUACUACAUACUUUAAGUACGAUGGGCACGAGCCAAAACGUCAAAGACCUAACAUUAAAAACACUGAGGCAGUUUAAGGAUUUAGGCAUUGAGCCCUGUUUAGGAUCUUGGUAUUAUGUCCUAAUCACUUAUUGUAAAGAACGUGGCCCUAAAAGUAAUAUCUUAAGUUACAUCUUAGAUGAAAUUGAAGGCAAAACCUUCGAAAUUCGAGACUUGACCGAUACGAGUUUCUUUGUCACCGCGAUGGACGUAUCUAGAAACCAUUUAAAUGACUUGAAUUUGGGCAAACGAGUUCAUAGCUUGUUGCUGAAGGGAAAUAAUUAUAAUUUAAUAGGAGACUCUUUCAAGGAAUCUGUUUAUUACCGCCAUUAUUUUGCUUUAUUAUUGAAAAAUAUACCACUUGAAGAAUUUAUGCAGGAAGUAUAUUACAAAUUAGUUCCUAAUAUAUAUGUACCGGAACCAUCAAUCAUGGAAGAAGUUUUGAAUCAGGUUGAAAUUAAUGGUGCAGUUGAAUACAUUCCGAAAUUAUGGUCGGAUAUGAUUAUUUUUGAACAUUCAAACCGGGAAAACCUGGUAAAUAGAGUUUUAAAUUUGAUGGUUAACGCUCAUACAGCAGACGAAACUGAUUUAGCUGAGAAAUUCGGCACGAUUGCUUGGGAUAUUUAUACCAGUAUUAAUGACAAUGAGGAAAGAAAAUAUAAUCAGUUGAGCUUUACUGGAGAUAUGUUGGGAAAUAUUAUGACGUUAGCUCUACAAAAUAACGAUUUUGAAAAAGCUAGCACUGUUAUGGAAAAACUUGAUAAAGGCCACACUACUAUAGUGGGGGUGCCUAAGUUUGAAGCUUUAUCGCUCUUUGUGGAUCAUUGUAUUAAAAAUAAAGCUCCAUCAAAAGCUAUUAGGUGCAUUCAAUAUGCGUCUGAUAGUGGAUUUCCGGAUGCAGUUGUACUAGGAGCCAAGUUGAACGAACAGUUGACAUUAGAUAAAAAUCAUUUAGAAAGUUUAUCGAAAAUAGUUGACUUAAGAGUUCUAUAGUUCUUUCUUGUAUUUUUUUAUUAAACUAGUCAUUAAAUAAUUAAUUUAGA